UCUAUGACCGUCAGCAUCUAAUUAUACCGUUUUCAGUGAACUAAAAUGAUUUGUGAUUGUGAUAAAACUAUUUUAUGUGUCUAGUUUUUUUAUACAUAUUUAUUUAUUUAUUUAAUUGUUUAAGUGUUUAUUGUUACUGCCGUUAUAAUGACUUGAUCACCUAGGAGGUAACAGCAAACAGGAGUUGCUGAAACCCUCUUCUUCAAGCCCACAAAAUUCCACAACAUGUCUUGGAUAUUCCUUACUCUAGUCGGGCUCUUCUUCGCCCUCCACCAGGCCCAAUGUUCUGGAGUGUUCGAAUUGCGACUGAAACAAUUUUACAACGACGGUGGCAAAGACGAAUCAGGCAAAUGUUGCACCGGCAAAACAAUUGGACCAAACAACGAAUGCGAUGGCUUUUGCCGGCCCCGAUUUCGAAUUUGCCUCAAGGAGUAUCAGGCCAAAAUCGACACGACCACUCCAUGCACUUUCGGAGAUGUCAUUACAUCCGAACUGGGACCAAACCCUUUGACUGAUACACCCAAGAAUGGAUUCGAAAACGCAAUCGCAUUUAAAUUUCCAUUCACUUGGACGCGUACCUUCUCGCUAAUUAUAGACGCCUGGCACAGUAAUACUUCUGUUUUGGUGAUCCGUUUCACCAAGCAGAACUCGCUGGACGUGAGCGACAAAUGGACUGAGGAUCAUUUCGUUUCGCGGUUUUCGAAGUUGGAGUUCGAGUACCGUGUAACCUGCGAUUUGAAUUACUACGGUAAAGGCUGUGACAAAUUGUGCAGGCCGCGGGACGACAAUUUCGGACACUUCAGCUGUUCGCCGACCGGCGAUCGGGUCUGUCUCGCCGGAUGGACCGGAGAUUAUUGCACGAAACCUCAAUGUUUGCCCGGUUGCGACGAACAACAUGGACACUGUUCGAAGCCCAACGAAUGCAUUUGCCAAUCGGGAUGGGAGGGUCCUCUGUGCAAUCAGUGCCAACGCUAUCCAGGUUGCAUGCACGGCAGUUGCCUGAAACCGUGGGACUGUCUGUGCGACGAGGGCUGGGGCGGCCUGUUCUGCAACCAAGACCUGAACUACUGCACCAACCACAAGCCAUGCCGCAACGGCGGUACCUGCCGCAACACCGGCCAGGGCAGCUACACAUGCGAGUGUCCGCCAGGCUUCAACGACACCAAUUGCCAGUUCCCGGUGGGCGGCGCCGCCGUCGACGGCUCCUUCAGGACGUCCGACGACUGUCCGUGCUUCAACGGCGGUACCUGCGACGACGGUACAUGCCAAUGUCCGCCAGGCUUCAGCGGUCCGAGAUGCGAGAAUUCAGCUGUGAACUGCAUGAACAAGAGAUGCCUGAACGGCGGCAGCUGUACACCAAACGGAUGUGCAUGCGCCCCCGGCUACAGUGGAAAUGAUUGCGAACACAAGCUGAACAGUUGCAGUCCGAAUCCCUGCAUGAACGACGGCAGCUGUGUCGAACGCAAGGAAGGAUUUAAAUGUAUAUGCCCCUCCGGAUUCACCGGGGAGAAGUGCGAGAUCAACAUCGACGACUGCACCAACAAUCCCUGUCAAAACGGGGGGACCUGCAUCGAUAAGAUAAACGAGUUCCGUUGUCAGUGCGUACCGGGCUUCGUAGGACCUUUGUGCCAAAAUCGCGUGGACUAUUGCAUCAUGAAACCGUGUGCCAAUGGUGGAACUUGUUUCAAACUGAUCAACGACUAUAAGUGCAAGUGUGCGCCUGGUUUUACAGGUAAAGACUGCAGUGACGAACUCGCAAUCGAGCUCGACGAAUGCCAGAGGCAGCCUUGCCAACACGGCGGUACUUGCGUCAGUGGCGGCAGCAACGGCUUCGAAUGCAUCUGCCCGAACGGUUACAUCGGACGCGAAUGCGAACAAGCCUCGUCGAGCAAGCCAAGCGCCCGAAUCUCGCCCGAGUCCAAUCUCACCACCGAACACGUCGUCGUGAUAGCCACCAUCUCCACCAUCGUACCCUUGGUGGUGUCGGUGGCGGUGGGCGUCAUCAUUUGCCUUAAGCAGCGCAGGAAGCGCGAAAAGGCCCGCGCCGACGAGGAGGCCAGGCUGCAGAACGAGCAAAACACGGCGAACAGCAGCUUCGCCAAACGCGGUGCCGCCAUAUCCGCGGACGCCCACAUGAUCAAGAAUUCGUGGGGCAAGUGCACCAACAAUGUGAUCAACACACCGGACGAGUGCAGCGUCUCGAACAUUAGCGUGAAUGACUGUGAUGGUUAUCCGAAACCGCUGCACCAGCACCAGCAUCAGGUGAUCGACGGCCGUCCCGUAUACAGUUUGACGAGGACGCGCUCCCAGAAACAGCUCAACACCGAUCCGGGUUCGCGGGCCGCGUGUGCUGCUUCCUCGGCCCUUCUGCUGGCCUCCAAGCUGCACGAACCCGACUUCCAAGCGGACAUCAAGAGACUGUCGAUGAUGUCCAACGCUUCGGCUGUGUGUAGCUCCGGUGAUCCGUCGUGUGUGCUAAAAAGGCCGGCUGCGACGGAAAAGGAGUCGUCAAAUGGCGUAAAUGGCGGCGUUUAUGUGAUAGACGAACACUUCCACGUUCCAGAGGCGUCGAUGUCGGCUGGACUGUACGCGACGGAGGUGUAGUUAAGUAAUUAGUUAGUAGUCGAAUGGUCGAAUAUGGUGGUGUGGUGUGGAUUGGUGUGUGGAUGAAGAUUGGAUGCGUGAAAUGACUUAUCCGUCCGGUAGGUUGUACAGUCUAUUUAUUCGCCGGUGGUAAGUUGAUGUCGACUGAGAUGAGAUGAUUGUGUUGUCGUUAUUUAAACGUAACGUAAAAGAAAACUGAUGAAUUCAGCAAGCAGCGGAAUAGCAGCCUGUGUCCAAGGAGCUUUCGCCUUUCUCGCGAUGCCGUUCAUUAUUAGGCACUUUAUUAGACCAAAUCGUUCCCUCAAUGCCGUCCUUUAUUAUUGUUUAUAUUGUACAUUUUAGAGUAUUAUUUCUUUAUGCCCUUUAUUUCUCGCAUUCUCGGGAUUUGAUAUUGGCGGUUGAUCUGGUUUACAAACCAAAGAUUAUGACUUAGUAAUGAGCCUGCUUUACGAGAAAGGCGCGGCGUAUCUCGAAGUAGUAUGUAAAACUAACCUAAACAUAACAUGAAGUGUUAUUGUAAUUUGUGAUCAUUCUAAAAUGAGCUAAGUCAGCAAUUUGUACUUAACGUGAACUUUUUUCGAUAUUAUUUAUAGGCAUUCUUUAUUUUCGAAAGUUGCUCCUGGUUCGAACAAUUCAUAUGGCCAGUGAAAAUAUUAGUCAAGAUCAGAAGCAACUUUUCUAUACACUUUUUUUAUAUGAUGAUGUGCGGUCUUUACUCGUUAGGGAUCUUGUAAUAAUUUGAACAAAGAUAUGAAUUAAAUGUUCCUCUAAUUAUAAACUAAGUCAUUUGCCUAUUGAUAAAACAGAACAACCCACAAACCCUUUUUGUUUAUGGUUCUUCUGUUUUAUCGAACAUUAUUAUUUUUGUUGUACUACUCAACUACUUGGACAAAUUUAAAGACUUAAAUAUUGAAAGACGUUUUGUAAUAUAUAAUGUAUAUUUAUAGUAUGUAAACUAAAUGUCAAUAUUAAUUGUUCAUGUUUCAUAACUUCUCCUUUAGAGAAAGGGGCUGUAUUUGUUCCUCACGAAUAAUGUUAUUUAAAUCUUAAUAAAUUUUUUGUUCACUA